AUGGCAAUAGCUCUGGGUGCAUAUCCCUGGAGCCCACAGCUAAGCAUCGUCACGUUUCUCUUCGUUUUGAGCUCUCUUGCGGUGCUUCGUACCCGGAAGCACUGGGACAUCAGCCGGCCUCUCAAGUACUGGGACUGCGACAACGCGGAACACAAGAAUCUCAUCAAAUGGACGAGUCUGAGGAUCUUCUUACUCGCACUCUGUGUCUGGGUUUCUUCAUUGACGGAUUGGGGAUCCGAAGGCAUCGCCGCGUUCUCAUUCUGUCUCUCAUGUCUGAAGGUCUAUCUCGACCUGAAGUUCCAGGAGAACGAGGCACUGUUGGAUCUACAGUUGUUGUGA